AUGAAUACCAAACCAUUUUAUAACACACCAAAAGUAACAAAGGAAGAUCUAGAAAGAGAAUUUGACAAAACAAAGUAUCGCCUCAAAAGUAGCUGGGAUGAACUCACAGAUGGGUCAGAAUAUGCAGAGGAAGAGUUGCUGCACAGACGAAGAAAACAGGACAUGUGCAAAUCAAACUUCUUCACAAACUAUAGUAAAAGCAAGGAGCAGACAUGUAUACUUUUUAAGGGUACGUCUAAAAAGGUGAAUACAUAUAUCCACGGUGCACUUGGGGAGUCCAUAUGCUGGGAAAAGGGAUCCAUCCCAAUUUAUGGAAAAUUAAAAACUUUUAAAAAAAGAAAGAAAAAUCCAAAUAAAGUUUUUUUUUUCAGAGAGUGUACAUCACAUAUAGAUAAUCCACCUCAUACAUGUGAUGAUAGCAGCGAUAGUGUCGUUAGGGAAACCCCCUUUGCGCACAACAACAAGAGGAACUACAACGCCAGGGGGACUAAGUCAGACACUGCAAAAUUAACAAGAAUCAGGGGAAGAAACCUAAAUGAGAAGGUAACCAUGUCGUCCAGGUUAGAUGGGAAGAGUAAGAACGAUGAUCAGAACAAUGUUGAUCACAUGACUUAUUUAAAAGUUGCAGGAGAGGAGAAACGAAAUGGGAAUAAUAGAAAAUUGUUUUGGAUUAAUAAUAACCAGACGAACAUUCCCCCAAGAUGCAUGAACCGAAUGAUGUCACCCUACCGUUCCAGUAAAGAGAACGAACAGGGAGAUAUCCUCCUAACAACCCAAAUGAGCAAAUUUGCCAGAGGAAAGUUACGCUUAAGGGUAAGAGAGAAGAAUAAAUUAGACAAGAUGUCCCAAGUACCAGUGGAGGAAAAACUAAAUGAAAGUUCCACUCACUCUUUAGGCGAUUUACUCAAAGGAAUAAUGGCAAGAGGAGGGAGAGAAAAAAAAGUUAACUACGGAGGGAACAUAAAAAAUAAGAGCUACAAAAAUAGGGUCAAUCAUGAGCAACAUGCUGAUCAACACAAUGAGAAACAAAAAGAAUCAAAACAGGUAGCGGUAGGUUACGAUAUAAUGUCGAAGCAAAAGAGACAAAAGGGAAGCCCUCACGUGCGAAUAUGUGUCAAUAAAGAGAAUGCGCGAAACUUUGAUCCGAAAAGCACUAUUGAUUUUGUUCAAAAUUGUGCAUCUGUUGACAAAAGAAUGAAAAAUUACCUAAAUGAGCAACUUAAGUAUUAUGGAUCCAAAUUGAGAAGGGAAAACCUCGAACAAGUUUGUCUCUUCCUCCGCAAAAGGCCUCAACGGAGCGUUCCCCAUGGUUUGGCCAGGAGCCAUCGCAUUGAUGAAGGGGAACACCCAAUGGUGCCAGUCCGCCCGUGUCAAAAUUGCAAAAAGGACAUAAACUUCAAAAGCUACAUAAUGGAAGAAAAUGACACAAAAAACACCGCGACGAUUAUGAAUAACACGAGGGAUGUGGCCCCUACAAUAUCGGACGAAAUAAUGAAACAAAUGAGAGGUCGGGAAAAAGAAAAAAAUGAAGGACAAACGACGAAUUUAGCACACAAAAAUAAACUGACAGACGAGUUAAAAAAAUUGAAAAAAUUGCAAAAAGAGGAAAUCAACUUCUUCUCAAUUUACACACAUUUAACGAAUGAAAUAAGGAUUCUAAAAAAAAUGCUAAACCAACAAACAAGGAACAAUAAAAAAGAUUAUUUAAAAAAAUUAAUUCAAGUAAAAAAAAUUAUUACCAAUUUUGUUACCUAUUUUGAGCAAAUUUUUGCAAAAAUACAGGUAGAAAAAAAUGGGCCAUAUGACCCAACAUACGAUGAAGACAGACACUAUCAUAUUAGUUCCCUCCUAAAAUUGGUAGAGGACGUUAUAAGUAUUCUAGCCGAUCAUUUAUAUCCCGUGGAAUAA